ACAAAUCACACAGGCGCGCGUGCGUAUCAAGUCAUGUGUGUUUGAGUGGACACGCGCGAGGUGGUGCCACUAACUGUAAACAUGUCACCAAAAGCUCCUCCUCCGCCCUUUCCUAAUCCCUUAUAUCCGCUAAUACCGCACGGCAGACAUUUACCCAGAAGCAUCAGCUGUUGUGGAACUCCGAGGUUGGGACAGUUUAACAUUUACUUCAGCUGGGGACUGAGAAGACUUAAAGCUGAUCAGCAUGGCCUCCUCUGAUGAUACUGAAGAAUCUCUGACUCCGGUGGAUUUCAUCCAGCUGCAGCAUUACAUGGAAUACAGCAGUUUCCGGGUGAAAGAUGUGAUAAAGGAAUUUCAACCUGGAGGUAAACUGGCUCAGCACACCAUUGGUGAGUGCGUGGAUGCAGUGGGCUUCUGUCUCUUUCUAAAGACCUACCUGGAAGUGGAUGAUUUACCUGCACAUUUCUGCCAGCGCCUGUUUCGCUACUUUCAACAUGUGGAGCAGGAUUGGUACCCAAAGAGCCUCCUGCCAGAAGGAGGCGGGGUCUUGCUUCGUGAUGUGUCCUGUUACUUCUCGGUACUGGAGGAGGGACAGCCACGGGAAAAACUUGAAUUUACUUUCAAGCUCUACGACAAGGACUGCAACAAGCUCCUUGACAGCUCUGAAGUGGAUCGUAUCAUUACCCAGAUGAUGCGAGCAGCUAAUUACCUGGGCUGGGAUGUGACUGAACUCAGACCUGUGCUGAACCAGAUGAUGAUAAACAUCGACGUGGACGGCAGUGGGACGGUCACUCUGGAGGAGUGGGUGAAGGGAGGCAUGAACAAUGUGCCUCUACUUGUUCUGCUUGGACUAAAGAUGACUGAGAGGGACGGGCAGCACAUCUGGAGGAUGAAGCACUUUAACAAGCCGACGUACUGCAGCGUAUGUCAGAGCAUGCUGCUCGGCCUUGGGAAGCAGGGACUCUGCUGCACCUGCUGUAAGUACACCGUCCACAGUCAGUGUGCCAACAAGAAUCCUGAACCCUGCGCUCGAACCUUUGUCAAAUCUAAGAAGGAUAUUGGUGUAGCAUCUCAUGACUGGAUACGAGCUGACUGUAAGUCCACCAAGUGUCAGGUCUGCCACAAGAAGAUAAAGACUUUAGCAGGGAGGCGGUGUGUGUGGUGCCAGGAGAAGCGUCAUGAUGAGUGUCUUCUCACUGGGUCAUCUUCCUGUGACUGUGGACCACUCAGAGACCAUAUACUGCCUCCAUGGGCCAUACAUGCCAUCUCCAAGGAGGAGGACACCAGCCUGUUAAAUGUCACCCCUGAUGGCCACGUCUUGCAGACUCUUCCAAUUCCAGACACCCACCCACUGCUGGUGUUUGUAAACCCAAAAAGUGGAGGAAAACAGGGGGAAAGAGUCCUGAGAAAGUUUCAGUACCUGCUGAACCCCCGUCAGGUGUACAAUCUGUCCAAUGGCGGCCCUACAGCAGGACUCCACUUCUUCCGCAACCUGCCUCAGUACAGGAUCCUGGCGUGUGGAGGAGACGGCACUGUUGGCUGGCUCCUGGAUGCUAUAGACAAAGCAGACCUGCAGGUGCAUCCCCCUGUGGCUGUCCUGCCUCUGGGCACUGGCAACGACCUGGCUCGCUGUCUGCGCUGGGGAGGAGGCUAUGAGGGUUCAGACUUGAGAGAGAUCCUGAAGGAGAUUGUAAAUAGUGAGGUGAUUGGGGUGGACCGCUGGAGCAUCCAGGUGAUCCCGGAUGAUCCGCAGGAGGCAGGAGAUCCUGUGCCCUACGAGAUCAUCAACAACUACUUCUCUGUUGGUGUGGAUGCUUCUAUUGCUCAUCGUUUCCACACCAUGAGAGAGAAACACCCCCAAAGAUUCAACAGCAGAAUGAAAAACAAACUUUGGUACCUUGAGUUUGCCACUUCUGAGACCCUCAGAUCCUCCUGCAAGAGGCUUAAGGAGUGUCUCACAAUUGAGUGCUGCGGAAGACCUCUGGACCUGGGCAACGUGUCUCUUGGGGGCAUAGCUGUCCUCAACAUACCCAGCAUGCACGGUGGCUCCAAUCUGUGGGGCGAGUCCAAGAAACCUGAUAACAUGCCAGAGGUGGAACACAGGGAUGCUAUUACUGAUCCUGAACUUCUCAAAACUAUCCCCCAAGAUAUGAGUGAUAAGCGUCUGGAGGUUGUGGGGCUGGAAGGAGUCCUAGAGAUGGGACAGAUCUACACUGGACUGAAGAGCGCCGGACACAGACUGGCACAGAGCUCACAAAUUACUAUAAGGACAAUCAAAGCCCUGCCCAUGCAAAUUGAUGGGGAGCCCUGGAUGCAGCCUCCAUGCACUAUCCACAUAACUCACAAGAACCAAGCUAACAUGCUGAUGGCUGCACCACCAAAACAUUCCAGCUUCUUCCACCUCAAAUAGAUUUAUGUUUCCUCCUCAUCUUCCUGUCUGCUGAGCAUCACAACAAACCACCUGCUGUAUUAUUAUAAAAAUGUUGCAGGAUGAGUGUAAAAAAACAAACAGAAGUUCAUCGUGUAGUGUAUAACUCUGUGUUUCUUUUAUUAAGUAUUAAUGUGUACAUCUUUUACUUUUAACCUUUAAUAUGUUGUGAGAGUAUUUCAAAAGUUCAGACAGCUUGCACUUGGGCAGAGACCACACUGACGGAACAAAUCAAAAGUCCAAGUUUUACUUCUCAGUCUGAUCGCUGCUAUUGUGUGCCAAUUUAAAUGUUAUGAAUCCUUGUUGUUUGUAAUUGUAAAUAAAAAAGCAAAGCGUAUUGUUUCAUGUACUGCACAGGGAUAAGAAGAAUCUUAACUUUAUCUGUGUCGUGAUAAGUUUGCUGAGUUGUUUUGUUGAGCUUAGUGCUUACUUCCUAAUGCAGUGAACAUUCACCUGGCUUUGAUUAGCCUCCCAGAGCUCACUGCAGCUCGCCCCCUUUUUUGACAUCACUGUCUUACUGGUCUUUCCUUGUCUUUUACUGUCAGUGUGUAACACAUAGAAACAAAUGCUAUCAUAUAUCCAUUCCAGUGUUUCUUAUGACUCAGUGUUAGUGAAAUCAUGUUGGAAGGAUUCAUUUGGUUAUUGAAUACAGUAGCAACGACAUGUACUGUAGUUCAAAAAAGCUGCUUUAAUCCUGCUCUCUUGCAUUGAACAAGUUUCAUAUAAAACAGCCUACUAUUGUAUUUAAUCCAAUAAAUACUCUGGAGAAGGGUAGUGUUAGCUCUGUCACACUUUGAAACCUCUUUCUGAAGUCUUUGUAACAAGAUUCCUCUUUCUGUCAGGCUCAUGGAAAUGGACAGAAAAUACACAGAAACCUCAUGAUUCUAGUUCAAUCAGAUGAAUUAUUCACACUCUUAAAACAUUCUAUAAAUAUUUUGUGACUGGAGAGAAUUUUGGGUAGAAAUGGUGAGGUUUAGUUAUUUUACAGCGAUCUGCAUUUUACAUAUUAAUCUUCAGGAGCCUGUCUGUGUUGGAUUUCUAUUGAACUAACUGUAAAUACAUUUAACAUGUUGUAUGCUCAUUUAUUAUAUUCAUCAUGAAUCAUAUUGUUGUCCUCUUCAAACGUGUCCAUCUUAAUAAUACUGUAAACUCAUGUUGCUCAUAGUUAGAAAUCACAUCUAAACAUUUAAUGAUCCUCAGACUGACCACCUGCUAAUCCGGCAGAUAAAGGAGUUUGUUGCAUCUUGAACACUUUUUGUUAAGAAGCUGAAUGAAUGUUUUUUUGAUCUGCUUUGGUAAUUUGUAACACGCUGUCUGACAGUAUUAUAUACUAAAGGUGAAAACUGUGUCUGAAAGGUUUAGGUGCACUGGAAUAAGACAGACUUGUAAUAUGAUGUACUACAGAUUUUAUUGUGUGGAUAAUAAAUUGUAUUCUUCCUUACUCUAUGAAUGAAACACAA